AUUGCAGGAGCGAGCUCCCCAACGGCGGCCACCUGCACCGGCCACCCCCACCCUGGUUCCUCGCCCGGCCACCUGCACGGCGCCAGGGCCGCGAUGCAUCGAUCCGGCGCGCGGUUCCCUGCUCGCAGCCGGUGGAGAGAGCGCGCGGAGCACUGCCCGUAACGGCCGGCCUCACAGUCACAGGCUGCCAAGCAUGUUGUGGCUGUGGCCGGGGCGACCCGUUCAUUUCCUGCAUUCAGGGCACCUGCUGCAAAUAUACAUUCUGGAGCAGGCAGUGUGCUUAGGAAUAUACAGCAGAGGUACUUAUCAAGCUUUGUUGGUCAGAGGGCACGGUGCGUGCACUCUGGCGCCGCUUCUCUUUCUAAAGAGAUUCAUAGAACUGAUCCAGAAAGAGUUAUGCAGAAUUUCAAAAUGCUAAAUCGAGGAAUUUCAAGUGCAGCAAGGGAGGAAGGACAUGUUCUCAGUACAGCCAGUGCACCCUUUUAUUUAGUAGAGAAAGGCCUACUUAAAAAGCAGCUUCUGCGUACCUGUGGAGGCCUCGUAGUUUCUGGCUUUACGAUCUAUGGCAUUAAGGUUUUGAUUGACAGUUAUGUUAAAGCUGUCAAAGAUAGUUACACAAAGUUUGUGGCUGAUAGUGUCGACGACGCAGAACUUGGUGAAUCCGAUGAUUUGGAAGAAGAGGCCCCAGAUUUAAGCACAAAAUUCAGUGAUGUAAAGGGGGUUGAUGAAGCCAAAGCUGACCUUGAGGACAUAGUUCACUACCUACGAGAUCCUGACCAUUUCACACGCCUUGGUGGCAAGCUUCCAAAGGGUGUUUUGCUUAUGGGCCCACCCGGCACAGGGAAGACCAUGUUGGCAAGGGCUGUGGCCGGGGAAGCCGGUGUCCCUUUCUGCGCGUGCAGCGGCAGUGAUUUCGAGGAGGUGUAUGUAGGUCUUGGGGCUAAGAGAGUGAGGGAGCUCUUUCAGUCAGCAAAGAUGCUGUCUCCUUGCAUAAUAUUCAUCGAUGAAAUUGAUGCGAUUGGUGGGCACAGACACGCAGGAGGUUCAACGUCGCAGAGGCAGACCCUGAAUCAGCUGCUUGUUGAGAUGGAUGGCUUCAAGCAGAAUGAAGGGAUAAUUGUGGUUGCAGCGACCAACUUCCCCGAGUCAUUAGAUAUGGCCCUUGUCAGGCCUGGCCGUUUUGACCGUCAGGUCCAAGUCCCUCUUCCAGAUGUUAAGGGACGACGGCAGAUUCUCGAGGUAUACAUGUCAAAGGUGUGUACAGCCAAGGGUGUGGAUGCGAUGACCAUUGCGAGGGGGACGCCUGGGUUCUCAGGUGCACACCUUGCAAGCCUAGUGAACGAUGCCGCCCUCAAGGCUUCCAUGGAUGGGGAAAAUGCUGUUGGAAUGGAUCACUUUGAGUAUGCCAAGGACAGGAUCAUCAUGGGCAGUGAGCGCAAGUCGAUGUUGAUAUCUGAUCAAGCCAGGAAGAUGAUUGCAUACCACGAGGGUGGGCACGCCCUUGUUGCUAUCCUCACGGACGGUGCUGACCCUGUCCACAAGGCCACCAUCAUGCCUAGGGGCAAUACCCUCGGCAUGUUGUCGCAGCUGCCAGGGGAAGACAGCGAGCUCGAAGUCUCAAGGAAACAGAUGCUGGCAUAUCUAGAUGUCUGCAUGGGAGGGCGGGUGGCCCAGGAGCUUAUAUUUGGAGAAGCAGGGGUCGGCACAGGUGCAUUGUCUGAUCUAAGACAGGCGACUCAGCUGGCGACAAAGAUGGUCACCAGGUAUGGUAUGAGCAAGCGGGUUGGCCUUGUUACAUAUAGCAAUGACGACAAUGUCGGCGGUGGCAAGAUGAAGAACAUGAGCGGGCGAACUUCAGAAGUGGUUGAUGAGGAGGUGAAAGCAUUGUUGGACAACGCUUACAAGAACGCCAAAACGCUUCUCACAAAGCACAACAAGGAGCUCCAUGCGCUAGCAAAUGCCCUCCUGGAGCAUGAAACUCUCAGUGUUGACGCGAUCAAGAAACUAGUUUCGACAGCACGACAAGGUGAUGGUCCUAGCAGUAGCCAGCAAAAUCAGCGGACACCUUCUCCUGGUGACGAGAUCUCAAAACUAGUAUCGACAGAACAACAAGUAGAUGGCCAUAAUAAUAGCCAACAGGAUCAGGUAAUACCUUCUCCCACCGGUGACGAGAUGGCCUAGCCUUGGAGACGCUUACAAGAAGAAAUAGUUGUUUGCCUGAUAGAUACUCCCUCUGUAAACUAAUAUAAGUUUACAAAGGGAGUACUACAGAGCGAUGUGUAUUUUCAUUUGACAUUUGUUUCUCAAGUCUGAAGAGAAUGCGGCGUGUUUUCUACUUUUGCAUACUGUAUUCUGAACCAGCAAAACCUCCAGUCUUGUGUCUCAAACAUGAAUAUGCCCCAACAUUUCUAUUGGGCACCGCGUGUAAAUACAAUUUCAUACUACAUUUUUUCCCCAGCUGCAAAA